CUCUCCUCUAUUUCCUCCAUUUUCCCAAGAACUAUCCUCCAUCUACCGUGAAUCUGAUUUCAUUUUUCCUCCUAUAUGCUGUAACGUGAAAUCAAUUUGUUCUCAGUUCCUGGUCUGUUCGCAUGUGCUUCGUCCUUUGAAUUUUUCAUUGCUGGCUCGCUGCUAUAAGGAGGUACUCUUUUUUGAUAUGGAUUAUGAUUUCACGCAAUAUAAGUUUUGGGUUUUCAUCUAUGAGAUUUUUUAUGCGUAUAUUUGGAAGCUUUCUCUCAUGUAAAUUCUCUUUACUUGUUGUACAUUAGGUGAUCAUCUAUUAGAAUUUUUAUGCUUAUAUGUGGAUGCCCUAUCUCAUGUAAUUCUUUUGUUGUUGUAUAUGCUCUGUCCUAUGUGCAAAUGGUGAAAGGGUUUAAGUUACAGUUUACGAUAUCAAAUAUAUAGUGAGUAAUUAUUCUAAUGUGUGUUAUUAAUUAAAAUAUUUUUGAUUCAGUUGCUUCAUUGCUUUUAAAAUAAGUCAGCUUUAGACAUUAUACUGAAAGUGAAACAAAAUCAUCUGCUCUUAUAUAUGUAUAUAUAUAUUUUAAUUUGCAUGUUAAUAUGCAAUGGUUUGCCUAUAUACACUGUAGAGACUAAUUUAUUGAAAUGAGUUGAAUUGUUCUGGAUGGAUAAUUUAAGAAUUAACCUGGUCAUUGUUUUGAGAUUUUUUUUUGUUAUUUUUUUCUAAUGGAAAUCCUGGCAGCCAUUUCUAAAUUGUUUUCUUUGAACUUAGAUGGCUGACCAUGAUGAUGAUGCUUCUAAUAAGUUCAUGCUAUAUGUUGUUGUAUCCGUGUGGUUUUUGCAAAUGAUGGUUUAUCAAUUAGUGGGAGACAUAUUAGCACACGAACUAAAUCUCAUGUAAAUCGGAGUAUUCGUUUGCAUAGGGAGAGAGUAAGAGAUGAGAUGCUAACAACUAUUGUUGGUCCAAAAGGACGAGAUGUGAUUCGAAUGGGUCCACAAGCUUUUUUCAAUUUAUGUGGUAUUUUAGUUAGAGAAGGUGGUCUUGGACCAACGCAAUGAACAACGAUCGAAGAAUUGGUUGCUAAAUUCCUUUGGAUUAUGGGUCAAAAUUCAAGAUACUGUGAGAUGUCAAUUGUAUUUCGACACUCAGAAGAGACAAUCGGUCGUCACCUUCAUAGUGUUUUGGAUGCUUUAAUAGAGCAAGAAGAGAUACAUAAGACAACCUAUUAGAGAUCAUAUCCCACCUGAAAUUGAGCUUGUUAACAGAUUUAAUCCUUUCUUUAAGGUGAUCAAUAGUAUUUUGUACCCUAAAGUUAUUUGUUAGUAUGUUAAUGUAUGAAAUCUAUAACAUACUUCACAUGAUAGGAUUGUGUAGGGGCAAUAGAUGGGACACAUUUUCGUGCAAAAGUUUCAAUUACAAAUGCUUCUAGGUAUCGUGGUAGAAAGGACUACCCCACCCAAAAUGUUAUGGUUGCUUAUUCGUUCAAUUUAAAAUUCACUUACGUGUUAGCUGGUUGGGAAGGAACUGCUUCUGAUUCUAGAAUCAUGAAAAAUGCAAUAACAAGACCAUACCCACUUCAUAUUCCAGAAGGAAAAUUCUAUCUCCUUGAUGCGGGAUACAUGUUAAAAAGUGGUCUCAUUACGUGUUUUAGAGGGGAGCGCUAUCACUUAAAAGAAUACUCCCCACGAAAUCCUCUUAGGAACAAGCGUGAAUUGUUCAACCAUCAACAUUCCUCAUUGCGCAAUGCAGUUGAGAGAGCUAUUGGUGUUCCAAAGAAGCGAUUCCCUAGUGGAACGGAACCAACAUUUGGAGUAAAAAUACAAAAGAGAAUCAUCGUUUGUUACUGCAUAUUACAUAACUAUCUUAUGGGGGUUGAUCCUGAUGGUAAUAUACUUCAUGAAGUUGAUGUUGAGCUUGCAAAUCAAAAUAUGGUCUCGGGAGAAUAGUGGUUGUCAAGUAGAUGACCCCGAAGAUGUAGCUAGAGGGCAGACCAUCAAGAAUGACAUUGCAGAUGCUAUGUGGUAGGCUUAUAUCAUUAAUCAAGAAUGACUUUUCCUGCAUAAUUUAUUUAUGCUUUUCCUGCAAUUGCCAUAAUGUUUAUGCAUAAUCUGUUUGUGCUUUUCAUGCAUCAAUUCUUUGUGCUUAUUCCUUUUAGUUAGAUAUUGCUAGAUAUCUGGUUCUGGAAGACUUUUCUUAAUUGCAUAGCCUAUUGCAGUUUAUAUCAUAUACAAAUAUUUAUGUAGAAUCAUGAUGAGGGGAAAGGGAAAUGUUGCACAUGUGAGUUGGACACAAGUAAUGGAUGAUGCACUUAUUGAAGCAUUUUUGUAUCAACAAAUCCAAGGAAAUAGAGUAAAUGGAGCAUUCACUAGUACUACAUAUGAUGAGAUCUUGAAAGACAUGAAGAAACAAUACCCUGAUGUUCCAUUGGACAAGACUAAAGUCCAAAACCAUAUGAAAAAUAUCAAGACAAGGUUACUAGUUGCUAUGACAUUUUCAAGGAUGGAUUGAGUGGGUUUGGAUGGAACCCAAGUACCUCUACAUGGCAAGCUGAGCUGGAUGUUUGGACCCGAUUGAUUGAGUCUAAGCCUCAAGCAAAGGAGUGGAUGAACAAGGAAAUUCAUAAUUAUCAUAAGCUUGUGGAUUUGUUUGGGAAGGAUAGAGCAACUGGAGAUGAUGGGGAGACCUCUAGGGAGAUGUGAUGCCGUAGAGUUGAAUCUGGCUAGCAACAUGUGAUUGGGACUAUAAAUGAGAUUGACAAUAUGGUGGGGCAACAAUCAAUGUCAUUAGAUAGCUUUGACAUUGUUCCAAGCACAACUGAUGAAUUUGAUAGCUACUCUCAAGCUGGUACUUCAGCUAAGAAAAAUAAGUGCAAACGCCGUUUAAGUGAUGAUAAGGUCGAGAAGCUUGUUGGUGCAAUGCAUGAGUCAACUCGAGAGCUUGGUGAAGUGCUCUUAAACUGUGCUAUGUUGCCUGGUAUUUCAGAUUCGAUUUUAUUUGAACAUUUGGUGGAGUUAGGACUUAAAAGUCAUGACUUGCUUGCUGCUCAAACCUUCUUGGUUGAAAAUCCAAACAAUUUGAUUCUAGCUGCAAAUCGUAAGGAUGUGUUGACUACCAUGUUAUAUGGUUAGAUCAAUAUCUGUUAAGAAAAUGACUAAAGAUGGACAUUACUAGAAUUGCCUAUUAGAAGACUUCUUUUGAACUUCUAUAUCUUUGCAUUCAAGUACUGUGUUACUGUUCUUAUUUGGUGAUUGUAAUAUUGUCUUUCAGAGGCUAUGUUUUGGAUGAUUUGGCCAUUAGACAUGGCAAUCUAGAAUAUUCAAGUAGUGUGUUAUAGGUCUUAUUUGGUGAUUGUAAUUUUGCCUUUCUUAGGUUAUCUUUUGGAUGAUUUUGCCAUGUAGACAUGGCCAUAUUGAUAUUAUGUUGCUACUUAUAAACUUGUUCCAAUUAUUCUAUGAUUAUGUCGAGCUUUAUUU